AUGCCCUUCAAGCCCGUCAGCCCCGCGCCCCUACAGCCCCACGCCGGCGGCGACGGCGGCAACGGCCACGAGAGCAGAUGCCCGCCGACCGGCGCGCCUGGCGCGGCGCCGCAAGCCUCAGCGGCCGCCGAGGCGCCGUCGAGGAGGCCGCUGUGCCUGGUGCCGGGGCGGGAGCCCGUGGGGCUGUUCGAAUUCCCGUCUGUCCAGGCGGGGCGGGGCUUCUGCGCGUACACGCCGCCCUGCACCAUUUCUUAUGACUACGACGCGCCAGCUGGCGGGUCCAUGGUCCAGCAGAUCUUCAUAUCCCCCGCCGGCCCCGGGCGCUCGAUCGUCUUGACCGGAACCCUGGACGUGCGGGCCGACGGCAAAACGGACGCGAACGCGCCCCGGGCGUCGGGCCCGCGCUCGCCGCUGGCUGCGCUCGUGUCUGCCCUGGGUCGCCUGAUGAGCAGCUUGUGGCCGCCGCCGGCCGCCUGGCGGUCAUGCCUCUCCUACAAUCUGGUGUUUGACCAGGACAACGCCUUCCUCCAUGCCCAGGACGUGUUGCUCAAGGCUCGGGGCCCCGGCGCUUGGCGGUCCUACUACACACCACUACAGAGCGACCGGCUCAUCUCUGCAGCGCGCCGCUGGAUCGAGGAGCAGGCCGGCGGUGGCCCAGAUUUCGGUGGCGCGCCCCUCGCGCCGCCGGCGCCGCUCCCCAAGCGAGUCGUGAACGACCGCUGGUCUCAGCACACCGCCGAGUGCAGCCACUGCGCUGCCGCCGCGGCCCGCCUGACCCGCGGCGUCGGCCUGGCCAAGGUCGCCGCCGCCGCGCUGUUCGCCGCCUUCUGCGGGCUGCUCGGCACGUUCGGCGCCCCCGGGCUGCUGGCGCGGGCGGCGGGGCCGGGGCUCGUGGCCGCGGCCGCGGCGGCCGGCGCGUGCAGCGCGGCGUGGUGGGCGCGGAGGGCCGAGGCGCUGCUGCGUGAGUUUCAGUACGUUGAAUUUUCUCAUGCUCAGAACCCCUGA